AUGUUGCUCAUCCGCAGCGUUCUUAUGUUUGGGCUAAUACUUUGUUUGGUGUGCAGAUUUCUUGAAGGCCAAAAGUCCUUGAACUUUGUGCUCUUUCGGAAAAUCGUCGCCGACCACAACAGCAAGUACAUAUCCUUGUACGAGGCUGCGAUCAGUCAGGACUACACCACGAUCAACUUUACCCUGAACCUGGCGCGGAACAUCACGGCGGAUGUAUGGCUUAAGGCUACAAUAGCUCAGCGGGUGUCAAAAACCGGAGAAUCGUACCGGGACGUCUUUACCUACAACGUGAAUCUGUGCCAGGUGAUGGGCAGGGGCAAGGGCAUCAGCCUGAUCAACUUCUGGCUGAACAACAUCCUCAGGCAGUCCAAUAUGCCCCGGAACUGUCCACUCAGGGAGGGCAACUACUACAUGCGCAACAUUCGAUCGGAAAAGGAGACUAUUCCGCGGUUCAUUCGCUCUGGCAGCUUUCGCAUAGACUCUAGUCUUUAUGUGAGGGACUGGCACAGCGUCAAUUUGACAGAAACAAUCUUCUACGUCGACAUAAAAAUGAAGUGA